GUUGUUUUCUUUAGGGAGUGGAAAAAGACUCGAGCAGGUGGGGGGAGGGUAAUAACUGCUGCGAAGCACUUCCUGCUUAUACUACAACAGUUUGUUUCAGCUUACAGCUGACAGCAAUUGCAACAGUCAUGGGUGUGUUUACUUUUCGACAUUUGGUAUGGGGCCAACUAAUCCUACUUACAUUAGUCUUAAAUAAAAUAACGGAUGCACAACAGACCCAUGAGUCACUGAAGAAUGCAACAACAGCUCCACCUCUGAAUGCAACAGGAAACCACACAGCAAACAAUGCCUCAAAUGCAUCCAGCAAUUCAGUAUACAGUAAUAAUACAACAACUCAAAGCAGCUCGACAACCCAGAUGACCCCUACUGUCUCCACGAACAAUACUUCAGGAACCACCCUGAGCAAUUUGACAGUCACAGCAUCAGCAGAACACCCAACUACAACAGAAAAUGAUAAGGUCACAUCUUCAACAACCACCACCACCAAUUUAACAGCAGUCGCUUUCACAAACAGCACGGAAAAGGCUACAUUGUUAAGCACGAAACCAGUGACCGAAACAACAGCGAUAACUUACACAGUUCCAAACAGCACACAUUCUGUCAUUGACUCUCAAGGUCUGAAUCGUUCAGAGCAGUCUCUGACCAUUUUUUUCAGCGUUCUCCUUGGUCUAAUAGUUUUGGUAACUCUGGUACACUUUGUGUACAAGUUCAGCAGGAGCAAAGAAAGAAGUAUCCAAUAUACUCAUCGCCGUCUCCAGAAUGAUGAUACAGGUGAGCCAUUUGCAGUGGCAGAUGACACAAUGGUCAUUUCAGGAGGACUCUAUGACGGCCCUCAGAUUUACAAUCCCACCAUGACAGUCCAGAACGAGGAAGAAUUCCAGACAGACGCAUAUGGAUUUGCUUCCAGACCCACUCAGUUCCGCUUAGAGUUUCUGAGAGAGGAUCAAGACAAAGCACUCGACCAUGAGACCUCCACCUUUCAGACAUUCCAAGCACAAGACCAAGAGCCUUGAGAUCUCAGCAACAAACCACUUUUAUUAAAGAAAACAAAAUUUAAAAAAAUCUGAAAAUGCUACUUUAAAAUGAAGCAUCAAUUUCAAGAGAAGAACAGUUUAUUUUUUGUUAAAUUUAACUGUUAAAUUGCAUUUUUUAAAAUCUCCAAAUUGAUGAAGUCACUGAACAACAGCAAAACAAUGUAAACAAAGUAUUUAACUAACUGCGACAGAACAGGUUAUUUAAAUAAAGAUUUUAAGGUACUGUAUAUUAAACGAAGAUAUUACGGAGAAAAUGUUUACUGAAACCUUAGAAUAAAUAAUGUAAAUAUUUUUGCUCACUCAGCAGAAGCUGUAAUGUUUAACAAAA